GAAGCGUUAUUCGCAUGGGUCCCGGAGGAUAUACCCGGAGUACAAGGUACUCCCGGAAGCGAGCAUAGCUUGAAGGCACUCCGGGAUGUGUCAGGUCUCUCCCGAGAAAUCAAGUCGCAUUUAAUGCUGCAUGGGAGGAAGCGUGUUGGGACUGUAACACGCAAUAAAGUCUGACGGCACAACCCCCAAACAGCAGCGCUACAGUAAUGAUCAUUUAAGUCUAGCGACGGCUACCCUGCGAAGAGUCACGUCAAUCAUAAGACGAAAAGGACAUUCUCCAUAAAAGCCCUACAGCACCUAAGGAUUUGACCAUGCAUCAUCCAUGGUAUAUUCAUCGGAAAUGCCCAACUUUAUGGAUACUUACAGAUACAUGUGUAAGAACAAUUCUAGGGAUUACCCCACCAAAACACUAUAAAUACCCCCUCAAAGCUCACUUAAUGAGGGCGGAGAAUCUUGGUUGCUCAAGAGCAAGAAGAGAAAAAACUCACCAAGAACAUUCUUUGUAUUAAAGAGAGAAACAUUCUCCCAAGUGUAGAAUCUGUAUUAAAGAUAUCCAUUAAUAGCAGUGGCUCGUGGACUAAGGCUCAUUAACGCCCCAACCACGUAAAAAGUCUUCAUCUCGCUUUCUUACAGCUCAUUAUUAUAAUCAUAUUUUACUAGUUGCCGAAAACCUCGGUCAACAUUUUGGUGCUUUCAUUGAGAGCUGAGGAAAGCUGCUUCACAACAAGCAUUUAACUUCACGAUAAUGGUGGAGACAAGAGCUACACGUCACCCUCGCCCUCUAGAAGACGCUCAAGAUCCCAAUGAAGAGGAUGUAGCCUCAAGGGCAGCAGAGGAGUCCGAGGAAGAAGUUCCAGAUGAAAACCACGAGGAGCAUCUCGACGAGUACGCUUACGAUGAUGGAAGCUACCAAGAGCUGGUGCUCCUCAGACAAAAAGCUAUCGAUCACGAAGCUGAGAUCGAAGCUCAGAAAGUGCAAAAUCAAAAGAUGCAUGAGGUGAUGCUAGCCAUGCAGAAAGCCAUGGAGGCAGCUGGCAUUCACGUGCAUCCCAAGGCAAUGGCCGCUGGACUCGACGGGGAGCCAGCUACGUCUUCGCCUAAUUCCCAGCAGCAAAGGCCUAGGGAACCUAGCCCUAUAAGGCACCCUGCUGAGGAAAACCAAGCAAAAAACCCUACUUCUGCCCCUGGUCGAAAGAAAAAGGCGCAGGAUCCGCGAAAGGUCCGCUCAGAUUUCCCUAAAGGGAAAGGUCCGCAGAGGGGCAAGCCCCAAAGAGGGAGUCUUGGCCCUCAGGAUCGAGGGGACCGGAAAAGCGUUUCCGUGCACCAGGAACCGGGGGGUAGAGGAAGAGGAGGACAGAGAUGUCCACCCAUUGAUCUGAGAAAUCAAAUCAAUGGGAAUCAAGGUGACCUCCGGGAUCAUCUUGACCAAAGAAGAUACAGACCCGUAGUCUCCUCGGGUACUGUAAACGAAGGGAUUAUGGCAGAGCUUGCCAUACUUCGAAAAGAUAUUGCCCGAGUCUCCCGGAGGCAGAAGGGAGACGACUCCGACUCGGACAGUGAGGACCGGGAGCCUUGUGCCAAGCAUAUCCUGGAGGCGGAGCUCCCUAAAAACUUCAAGAUGCCCGAAAUGGCGGCAUAUACUGGGAACUCCGACCCCAGUGAUCACUUGUCACGAUUCAACCGAGUCAUGACAGUCAUGCGGGUCAGCAAUGACGCCAAAUGCCUAUGCUUCCCCCUCACUCUGAGCGGUUCGGCAGAGGAAUGGUUCAAGAAACUAGAACCAGGAUCGGUGGGAUGUUGGAACAAACUCCAAACCAACUUCCGGAGACAAUUUGUCGCCGCCAGGAAGGUCAAUUUGGAGGUUAGUGCCUUGACCAACAUCAAGCAACUACCCACCGAGACCUUGAAGAAUUACAUCAAGAGGUUCCGAGAGGAAGCCUCGAAGACCAAGAAGGUCGACGACGGACAACAGCUUGCGCUUCUCCAAGCAGGAAUCCGCACUGGGACUCCCUUCUGGAACGAAUUACAGCAAGAAGGCGCUGCUAGCCUUCAGGACUUCCAGAAGCGAGUCCAAAAAUAUAUUAACCUCGAAGAAGCCCAGAUCGUGGCUUACGGAGGCUAUUAUCCCACCGGGAUAGCAGGAUACAUGCCAGGAGUAUCGCCCUCGGGUACUGUCCCGACCGCGACCCCUCCGAUUAGUGGCAUACAGUUUUCUGCUACUCCCGGAUACAGCCAAGGCCAAGCUCUGCCCCCGGCAUCUUCCCAUUACGGCAAUCCGUCCGGGGUGAAUGGACGGGCUCCUUCACAGGCUGCCCCAACCGCUAGCUUAACAGGCCCUACCCAAGGGUCUAGAAGCAAGAGGUCUUCCAAGGGCAGCACCCGAACGGGAGAGAAGCGCCAAAAGAAGGGGUACACACCCCAAUACACCCAGUACACAGAGCUCACGGACUCUCAGGAACGUGUCUAUUUUGCCACAAGGCAGAAUACGCAUUACCGGAGACCCCAGCCAUUGUACAGGGACAGCUCCCGGAGAGAUCCGAGUAAAAGGUGCGAAUAUCACAACGACAUUGGCCACAGCACCAACGAGUGUAAAAAUCUCAAAGAUGAGAUUGAGAAUCUGAUCCGUUUGGGCCACCUCUAUGAGUGGAUCAAGAAUAGGUUACCCCACCUUAACCCGGGGCAGGUGGCAGGGGGCAUGCCUUCGGGAACACCAGGGGGUACAGCAGGAGCAUUGCCUCCAGCUGCUCCCGCAGGUGACGCCCAGCAUAUACCCGGACUACCGCCCCGGCCUAAUGGACGGGUAGCCAUGAUCUCCGGAGGUCCCCAUAUCGGAGGAAACACUCGAAAGGAGCGGAAGAGAUAUGCCGAGGCCGCAAGGCACAGUGAGGUGUGGGAGGUCACUCAACUCCCAGCUCAAAGGCCUCGGCUAAUGGACCAGCCCAUAACGUUCACGGAAGAAGACGCCAAGACGGUGCGUUUUCCUCAUCACGACCCGCUGGUCAUAGAGACCCCCAUUGCAAAUAAAGUAGUGGCUAGGGUCCUGAUUGAUAAUGGAAGUUCCGUGAACUUGCUCUUCAAAGAGGCCUUCACUGCGAUAGGGUUGACCGACCGGGACCUCUCUCCUAGCGGAUCGCAGCUCACAGGGUUUAACGGGACAACUCUAAUCCCGAUGGGAAAAGUCAGGCUCCCAGUUACCCUGUGCCCGGAUACUCCCCAGAGCACGUUCAAGUAUUGCACCUUCGUGGUAGUAGACUGUCCAACAGCCUACAACGCAAUCUUAGGCCGACCGGCCCUCGUCGACUUUGGUGCAAUAACUUCUAUCCGACACCUAUGCCUAAAAUUUCCUACCCAGGAAGCCGGAGUCGGAACGGUGAGGGGAAAUCAAGGAGAGGCCAGGCAAUGUUACAACGUUGCCACCCACUUGCCAGUGCUCAUGGUCCGGGGGCCCCCUGAAGUAGAGAAGGCUGAAGAAGACGAGUUGGAUCCUCGUAUAGGAUCCGAGAGGGUCGUAGAACCAAUGGAGGACGUCGAAGAGAUACCAGUGUGCGACGACGGCUCCACCAAAGUACUCCGGAUAGGGAGAGGCCUAGAUCCGGAGGAAAAAGAUAAAAUAAUAAAAACACUGAAGGGCGCCAUUGACAUUUUUGCAUGGCGCCAAGAGGACAUGACCGGCAUUAGCCCUCAUGUCAUCACCCAUGUCCUCAACGUCAACCCGGAUAUGCCUCCUAUACAGCAAAAGAGACGCCCGCUCGACUCGGUGAAAGCCGAGGCCUUAGAGAAAGAGGUGGAUAAACUUUUGUCCAAUAGCAUGAUCCGCGACGUAUACUAUCCGGAAUGGCUGGCCAAUCCGGUCCUGGUGCCCAAGCCAAACGGGACUUGGCGGGUUUGCAUAGAUUUCACAGAUCUAAACAAAGCCUGCCCAAAGGACUGCUUUCCGCUGCCCAGGAUCGACCAGAUGGUGGACGCCACCUCCGGAUUUAAACUGCUAUCUUUCAUGGAUGCCUAUGCUGGGUACAAUCAAAUAAAGAUGCAUACGGCAGACCAGGAGUGCACUAGCUUCAGGACCGAUAAGGGGGUAUACUGUUACCUAGUCAUGCCUUUCGGACUGAAAAACGCCGGAGCAACCUAUCAAAGAAUGGUUAACCGGAUGUUUAAAAGCCUCCUGGGACGAAACAUGGAAGUAUAUGUAGACGACAUGCUCGUCAAAUCCAAAGCAUGCAAUAGCCAUGCAAACGACUUAGAAGAAUGUUUCGAAGUCGUCCGGAGAUACGGCAUGAAGCUCAAUCCGAAAAAAUGUACCUUCGGGGUCAAGUCGGGAAAAUUCCUGGGCUUCAUAGUCAGCCAAAGGGGGAUCGAGGCGAACCCGGAGAAAAUCCAAGCUCUCCUGGACAUGCCAUCCCCCAAAAAACAUAAGGACGUGCAAAGUUUGACCGGAAAGGUAGCCGCACUGAGCCGUUUUAUCUCACGAUCCACGGACAAGUGCAUACCCUUCUUCAACAUACUGAAGAAAUGCCAAAAGUUCGAAUGGACGGAUGAAUGCGAGGAGGCAUUCAAAAGGUUAAAAGACCAUAUGGCCAAACCUCCUAUCCUAUCAAAGCCCGUCCUUGGAGAAGACUUGUUCCUUUACUUGGCCGUCUCCGAGCAUGCGGUCAGUGCUGCAUUGGUCCGGGAGGAAGAAAAGAUUCAGCACCCCGUGUACUAUGUUAGUAAACGCAUGAUAGGGGCCGAGACAAGGUAUCCGGUCAUUGAAAAGCUAGUAUUCUGCCUCCUGAUGGCAUCACGGAAGUUGAGACCAUACUUCCAAGCCCAUCCGAUCAGAAUUUUGACCAAUCAUCCACUCCGGCAAGUUCUCCAGAAACCUGAAGCCUCCGGAAGACUCCUCAAAUGGGCAAUGGAACUGAGUCAGUUGCCAAUCAACCAUGCCUUUACAGCAACAGAUCCUUCUGUGGAAGCACAGUCUGACCAAAUACGAGACAUGUUAACGGGCCUAACUUGUCCAAAAACUUCAGAACUCGAGCUAGACAAGGCAAGGAGAUCACCCUUCUUAGCAUACAUCAUUGUCUUGCCCUUGCCCAAAUUCAAGAUGCCAGAUCAGAAUAUGUACACAGAAAAGGAAGACCCUCUAGUACACCUAAAGUACUAUGAGAUCCAGAUAGAUCUCCUACAAUUCUCUACUUCGAGACAAAUAGUUGCUCAACUGGAGGAUCUUUUCAAAGUAAGGCAAAGACAAGAUGAAUCCUUGAAGGACUACAUUCAACGGUUCAUGGCUGAGGCUGCCAAGGUCACAAGCCUAACAGAAGAAGGCCAAUAUAUGGCUAUACUCGGAGGCAUCCUACCAUUGAGUGACUUUUCGAAAGAUAUUAGGAGGAUCUCAACGAGUAAUAUGGAGGAGUUCCUUGAGCGAGUUGAUGGCUUCUUAAAGCUGGAAGAAGUUGUUUGGCAAGCCCAGACAAGAGGGUAG